AUGCCAAUCAAAAUGAUGACAGCAGCGCGUUCUUCAGCUUUUCAUUAUAAGAAGCGAACAUCCAAUUCAAAGAGUUCAAAAGUAAAGGGCAAAAGUAGCAAAGAUCAUGCUGUAUCUCCCUCUCCGUCCAAGUGCACCGUUAAGACUCAAGUCUCAGGCAACUCACUUACAGUUCCCAAUGGUGGUGUUCCUCGUAAGCGAAGUGGAAGUGUUCCUUCUCUCAAAGUUAAUACAUUGGCUAAUGUUUGGAAUCUGAAACAUGAGCAUAUUCGAGCUUUGAAAAUGACUUGGCAGCGUCUAUGUGAACCUCCGGGCAGUCAGUGCCAUGACAUUACCAAACUUGUCACAAAAGUUUUCGAUAAACUCGACACGAAAGACAAUACAAUCAAGUCAAUGUUCUACAAGUCGGCGUUUGUUGAUUCCAUGCAAGAGCGAUGUGAGAAAAGAGUUUCAAAGUCAAAAACAGCUACCGUUCAUGAUCAUGUUCAUUUCUUAGUAUCGUUGAUAUCUCAAGUGAUACAGAAUCUUCAAUCAGAUCCUCAGGAAAUGUUUGAACAUCUAGAUAUGAUCGGAAGAAAACAUUUGGCUUAUCGUCAGUAUGGUUUCCAAUCUGCUCAUUGGGAGAAAGUUGGCCAAUAUUUUGUUGAUAUCGUCGUUAUUCAGGAUUGUGUACGUGGGUUCCCAGAAGCAUGUCGUGCUUGGACAAUCAUGAUAGCAGCCAUGAUAGAUCGCCUACGAGCUGCUCCACGUCGAGGCUCAACAACUUCAAGUACAAACAAUCUAUACAACAUACAAGAAAACGGAUUAAGAAGAGGUAGUGCAACAUCCUUAUUUGGCAGAGGAAGCCAAUCGAGUUUAAGCAGUUGCGGUAGUCAUGUGAGAGUCUCCUGUCAUCAUGCUUCCACAUCGGACUUGUUGCGAAGUGAGGAAAAGGAAAAAGAAUCUUUUCGAACUCAUUGCCCCAGAUCUGGUCCAUCCACUAGUUGCAUUGAUUUGACGCCUUUAGGAGCAAAUUUACCUGAUGUACGGACGAGUCAUCCAGCACGAGCUUAG